AUGAAUAUAUUUAAGAAAAUAACGAACACGAAUAUGAUUAAUUCAACAACAACAACAACAACAACAAUGAAGGACGAUGAUGUAUCAUUUGUACUAGCUUCCACGACCAAUCAAAAAUCAAAUAAUGUUGAGAAUGCCCCACCAACUGGGAUUGAUGACGAUGAAAUGUUACUGAAUAUUGAUGAAAAGACAUCCAUAGUGAAGUCACCAUGUCCAUCAGACUCAUCGUGGAAAAGUACCAUGCACCAAUUAUUUGGUAAAACUAUAACAACAGCAGUGAACUCUCACAAAUCACCACCAUCAACUGAUGUAAACACUUCUUCAAAUUCAACACCCACAAUCGAUGAUCAAAUCAUUAAAUGUAUGAAUACUCUUGAAAGUGGUAAUAACACAACAACAGUCGAUGACGAAUGCUUGAUCGAAUUUUAA